CUCCUGGCUUUUCUCUCUCUACCCCACCCAACUCUCUCUCUCUCUCUCUCUCUCUCUCGGUCACAAAGUCUGUUCCUUUAGCAGUACUGUAAGGUUGUAGUGAGUGUAUAUUAAUAUUAAUUCUUUUUUGUUGUUCUGGUUUUGCUUCAAGUUUCCAGUUGUGUUUUUACAACUCAUGUCUGUAGAAAAGAUCGUAUCUUUCAUGGAAAUCUCAAAGCUCUGCAAAUUUCAGAGCUUUAUUGAAGCUAGAGGAUCAUUAGUUCUGCUAGCUCUUUUCACCAAACCCAGUUCUGGGUUUCUCAAUAAACUUCCUUCUUCUCAUUGCUUCCAUCUCACUACUUGUGGGUCUUUUCUAAUCUAACUCACCUUUUGUUCUUGCUUCAAGUCAUCAUAUCAUAGAAUAAUUAUUAACCUAUUCAUUUUGUUACUAUUAUUUUAUUGUUCUCUGAUUACUCCUUCAUCAUUGAGAGAGGUGGGAGUACAGAGAUUUUGAGAUUUGUGUUGUAUGGUAUGGGCAUGGUGAUGCCAGCCUUUCUCCAGCUGGUUAAUCUGUGUCUCAUUGGCUUUGCUUUAGCUCUCCAAGGAUCUACAGGAUUAAAUCCAUCACCAUCACCAGAAUCUCUCUCUGUGAAUCCUCCUAUUGAGACAGCACCUGGUCCUCUUCCUCAAAGCAAGUCAUUCGGAAGCAAUGUGCCAGGCCCAGCAUUACAGCCAAACGGGUCGGAUUUGCACCCUGUGCCUGCAAUGCCACCUCUUAUGCCUCUCCCAGUGCCCCCUAAAAUCGAAGGACAGGUACCAUCCCUUUCACCAAGUACUCCAGCAGUGCUGCCACCACAGAAUACAGCUCCUCCACCAUUAGAUGUACAAACUCAUGCACCGUCUGUGCUGCCAACUGUUCCCCCAAAAAAGACACCAGUUAAUAAUGGCCCUAUCUCAAUGCCAGUUGCUCCAGUUCCAACACCUCCGAGGAAUGUGCCACCAAUUUCACCAGUCCUCAAUUCGAGUACACCAGAAACUUCACCAUCAAGUUCUCAUCAAGGAAAUGUGCCAGUAAAUGAGGUUCCCAUACCAGAGCCAAAUGCUCCACAGAACACAGCUCCUCCACCAUUAGAUGUACAAACUCAUGCACCGUCUGUGCCGCCAACUGUUCCCCCAAAAAAGACACCAGUUAAUAAUGGUCCUAUCUCAGUGCCAGUUGCUCCAGUUGCAACACCUCGGAGGAAUGUGCCACCAAUUUCACCAGUCCUCAAUUCGAGUACACCAGAAACUUCACCAUCAAGUUCUCAUCAAGGAAAUGUGCCAGUAAAUAAGGUUCCCAUACCAGAGCCAAAUGCUCCGCAGAACACAGCUCCUCCACCAUUAGAUGUACAAACUCAUGCACCGGCUGUGCUGCCAACUGUUCCUCCAAAAAAGACACCAGUUAAUAAUGGUUCUAUCUCAGUGCCAGUUGCUCCAGUUGCAACACCUCGGAGGAAUUUGCCACCAAUUUCACCAGUCCUGAAUUCGAGUACACCAGAAACUUCACCAGUCCUCAAUUCCAGUACGCCAGAAACUUCACCAUCAAUUUCUCAUCAAGGAAAUGUGCCAGUAAAUAAGGUUCCCAUACCAGAGACAAAUGCUCCAGCACCUGUUUCAUCACUGCCAAGGGCAUCGGGACCAAAUCCAUCUGUAGUCCAUUCUACCACACCGAGUACAGCACCAACUACAUUACCUAUACCAGUUGCAUCACCAAGUACACUGCCUCAAAACCCACCUUCCAGUCAUCCAGUUACACCGGGAGAGUCUCCAUCCACAAUUCCUGAUCCUGAAGUCUCUCCUGUAUCAUCUCCUCCCCCAAACAUCAACCAGAAAAAGGAUGGAAAUUCAGUUGUUGCACCACCAUAUGAAGCUCCAAAGCCAUCACUACCCAUGGGCCAUGCUCCAGCUAUAGCUCCAUCUGUCAACAAACCUGUGGUAUCAUCUCCUACCCCAAAAUCCAAUUGGAAAAGGGCUAAAAUGCCAGUUGUUGCCCCCCCAAUUGAAGCUCCCAAGCCAUCACUCCCCACAAGUCAUACCCCAGCUGAAGCUCCAUCUGUCCCCAAACCAGUGGUAUCAUCACCUACCCCCAGCAUCAACAGGAAAAGGGGUCAAAUACCAGUUGUUGCACCACCUUAUGAAGCUCCCAAGUCAUCAACACCCACGGCGCAUACCCCAGCUAAAGCUCCAUCUGUCCGCAAACCUGUGGUAUCAUCUCCUUCCCCCAGCAUUCACUGGAAAAGGGGUGGAAUACCGGUUGUUGCACCACCAUAUGAAGCUCCUAAGCCAUCACUACCCAUGAGUCGUGCCCCAGCUCAAGCUCCUUUUGUCCACAAACCUCUGAGACAUUAUAAACUUGCUCCUGGACCAUCUGAUUCAUUCCCUGAACCUCCUUCUGAUAAAGGAUCUCGUUCUCCUGCAUCAUCGCCUCCAAGCUCAUUGUAUAAAUAUCAUCAUACCAGGAACAACAUCACCAAUCCUACUGCUGCACCAUCAUAUUUGGCUUCUCCUUCCACUUCAAAACAGCAAGGUCCAGUGAUUGCACCGGCAUCAGUUCAAACAAGGAGGCGAAGACACUAUGCUUCUCCACCCCUAUAUCCAGGGUCUUCAGCUCCCCCAUCUCAUUUACCUGUCACUCCAUCAGCAAGCCAUGUUUCACCUGCUCCUUCUCCAUCUCUAAAAGAUGCAUCUGACUAUACCAAAAUACCCCCAAUACGUUCUGCACCAGGGUCUUUAUCUACCAGUCCAAAAAUGCCGCCUCUGCCACAAGUUCACGCAUUACCACCUCCACCUCCGAAUGCAGAUUGUUUAGUAGGGACUUGUUCAGAUCCCUAUACAAAUACCCCUCCUGGGUCACCUUGUAUCUGUGUCUUGCCAAUGCAAGUGGGACUGCGCCUCAGCGUUCCUCUCUAUACUUUUUUCCCCUUAGUUUCGGAGCUAGCCCAGGAAAUUGCAGUUGGGGUUUUCAUGCAACAAAGUCAGGUUCGCAUCAUUGGAGCCAAUGCUGCCAGUCAGAACCCAGAGAAGACAGUAGUCCUUAUUGACUUGGUUCCCCUUGGAGAAAAGUUUGACAGCACCACAGCUUUUUUGACUGACCAGAGAUUUUGGCAUAGACAAGUUGUUAUAAAAGCAUCCUACUUUGGGGACUAUGAAGUACUGUAUGUGCGCUAUCCAGGUUUGCCUCCAUCUCCUCCUUCUUCAGACGCUGAUGUAAUAAAUGCCGGACCAUAUCCUGGUAAUGACAAUAAUGCAAGGGCGGUAAAGCCCUUUGGGGUUAAUGUGUCCAAGAGGAGGCAUAAAAGUGGGCUUAAUGGGGGCAUAAUUGCUAUUAUUGCUCUGUCAUCCUUUGUAGUCAUUGCUUUAUGCUCUGCUGCUGCUUGGGUUUUCCUAUUCAAACCUAGAGACCGUGCUUCUCAACUAUCAUCAACUCCACGGACUUUGCUACCUUCUAUUGGAAAACGAUCAGUUACUGUUGGCUCUAUGAGGGAUAGUAGGCACAGUUCCGCAUCAUUAUCAUUUGGAUCGAGCAUUGCAACAUAUACUGGAUCUGCUAAUACUUUCAGUGCAAGUGACAUAGCAAAAGCCACUAACAAUUUGGAUCCUUCAAGAAUACUCGGGGAAGGUGGCUUUGGGCUUGUUUACAGUGGUGAUCUUGAAGACGGAACCAAGGUUGCCGUCAAAGUUCUAAAAAGAGAUGAUCAGCAGGGUGGUCGGGAGUUUUUGGCUGAAGUUGAGAUGCUUAGUCGCCUUCAUCAUCGAAACUUGGUCAAGUUAAUUGGCAUAUGUGUAGAAGAGCACCGCUGCUUGGUUUAUGAGCUCAUUCCUAAUGGCAGUGUGGAAUCUCAUUUGCAUGGAAUUGACAAGGAAACUGCUCCACUCAGUUGGGGUCCCCGGAUGAAGAUAGCACUAGGUGCUGCUCGGGGUCUGGCAUAUUUACACGAGGAUUCCAGCCCCCGUGUCAUUCACAGAGAUUUCAAAUCCAGCAAUAUUUUGCUGGAAAAUGAUUUUACACCAAAAGUGUCUGAUUUUGGUUUGGCACGGACUGCAUUGGAUGAGGAAAACAGACACAUAUCAACACGUGUAAUGGGAACUUUUGGGUAUGUGGCUCCAGAAUAUGCAAUGACGGGGCAUCUUCUUGUCAAGAGUGAUGUUUACAGCUAUGGGGUUGUCCUUCUUGAACUCUUAAGCGGAAGAAAGCCAGUAGACAUGUCACAGCCACCUGGUGAAGAAAACCUGGUGGCAUGGGCCCGUCCGCUGCUGACAAGUAGAGAAGGGUUGGAGGCACUCGUAGAUAAAAAUCUAGGAUCUGAUGUUCCAUUUGACAGUAUUGCGAAAGUGGCUGCUAUUGCUUCAAUGUGUGUACAACCAGAGGUAUCACACCGACCUUUUAUGGGGGAGGUUGUUCAGGCCUUAAAGCUGGUAUGUAAUGAGUUUGAUGAGUCAAAAGAAAUAGGUUCACGGAGUUCUAGCCGAGAGGAUUUGUCCAUGGACAUGGCUGCUGGUGCAAGUACUAUCUCGGAACAGAUGCCAUAUCCUUUCCAGCGCCAAUAUUCUGCUCCUACCUAUGAUUCAGACCUUGAGACAGAGAGGGAAGCAACAUUGUUGAAGUUGUACAGUACGUCAAUGAGAACUGGGAGGGAAGAUUCUGAGUCAUUUCGGAGGCACUCGAGUUCAGGUCCCUUGGGAACAGGAAGGAGUAAGCAGUUCUGGCAAAAACUGAGAUCAUCUGGAGGCAGUGUGAGUGAACAUGGGUUUAUGUUAAAGUUAUGGCAAGGAUCGCAUUGAAUGCUUGAUCACAUUGAGUGUUGCGUUGAUGAGUUGAUGCUGAGAUGGGUUUCUUCAUGAAACAAAAGGCAGGCAUUUAGAAGCAGGCAAAAGUUGGAGAAAGGCCAGUGAAGUCUGGAAACGAGACAUCGGCAAAAUCUGUAAUUGAGAUGAAUGCCAAUACCUUAAUAAGUGAAAAUCAUAUGGUCACAGGAGCUAUAUAUAUGAGGCAGGUUUGAAUGAACCUGUUGAAUUAUCAGAGUUUGUACAUCCAAAAAUUUUGAGGAGGUAGCUAGAAGCUUUUCUAUCUGUAAAUUAACAUGUAUUCAAGACAUCGGAUGCUUGCUCUAGUUACAUAUUGAGAUGUACAGAAGAUUUUGUACAAUAAUGUGCAGACUGGUUCCCAUUACUUGUAAACACUUGUAAUCUUAGAGAAAGGGAUGUUGAUACCCAAAUAACAGAAGUCCUUCAAAAU